AUGAACAGACAUCAAGUGAACGCUUUGGCCCCUUUCGGACUCAAUGACAAUGUGCUAAUGUUUCCUGUAAGCUCACCUAUUGAGAUUAAAAACCCUGGCAAAAGCUUCGUUGGCGGCGUCAAAUGGGUGCUGUGCAACCGAGAGCGGACGAUCGCAGCCGUGCUGUGGAGAAAUGCUUUGUUGCUCUACUACACGCAUCCCCGUGUCAUGCUCUGUUGCCACCAGCGUUCGCCGAACGACGUGUUCGUCAGGGGCGAGAACGAGUGUAUUCUGUGGAAGCCAGACAGCAGCGCUGUGUUGAUUUCGUCAAAAGCACGCUAUUUGUUUUUCUACUCGGUCGCCGUGGACGUCGAAAGCGAAUCGUACAAGUUCAUCCAUGACAAAGAUACUCCGCGGCCAGACAACAUCGAAAUGGUCGUGCGACCGAAUAUUCCGAAGGUCACAUUGACGACGUCGACAGUCGUUCAGCUGUCCAGCAGGGCGGUGACGUAA